GCAGGACCCCGCACUACACCUCCCAGCGGCCCCCGCGCUGCGGCGCUGGCCUGACGUCAUCUAGGCGACGGGGGAGAGCGGGUGCUGGGCCCGGGACCUGUCCAGGCCGUCAUGACCAAGUUGGGACAGUGGCUGUGUGGACUCGCCCUGCUGGGCUCGGCCUGGGCCGCGCUGGCUCUGGCGCCGCCGGGGCUGCAGCUGCCGGUCCCGUUCCGGCAGGCCCUCCUGCCUCUGCCCAUCUACCUGCUGGUAGCCUUCGGUUGCUACUCGCUGGCCACCGUGGGCUACCGCUUGGCCACCUUCAACGACUGCGAGGAGGCGGCCGCGGAGCUGCAGGAGCACAUCAGCGCGGCACGGACAGACUUGCGCCGGCGAGGACUGCGCUUCUGAGCCCAAUAAAGCUGAGGCACUGCG